GGGGGCAGCAAAGCAGGGCAGGCAGGAGGAUGGGCCGGGCUCUGUUUUGGGAGCGGCUGGGCUGGGGAGCAUGGUUUCACCUGGGUGAGACAUCGAGGCGGAGUUGCCGGCUUUCUCCGAACCAUCCUGGGAGCCUGGAAGGGUCUGAACUUGGUCGUGACAUCUUGUCCUUUUGCACGACGAGACGGUGUGGAGGAGCGUUCCAGUCUUCUGUCCUGCCAACUAACCCGGAGGAAAGCUGGCAGGUCUACAGCUCCGCUCAGGACAGCGAAGGGCGGUGUAUAUGCACGGUGGUGGCACCACAGCAGACCAUGUGCUCACGGGAUGCCCGGACAAAGCAGCUACGGCAGCUGUUAGAAAAGGUACAAAACAUGUCCCAAUCUAUAGAGGUGCUGGACCGGCGCACUCAACGGGACCUCCAGUACGUGGAGAAAAUGGAAAACCAGAUGAGGGGACUGGAGUCCAAGUUUAAGCAAGUGGAAGAAAGCCACAAGCAACAUCUGGCGAGGCAGUUCAAGGCGAUAAAAGCGAAAAUGGAGGAGCUUAGGCCCUUGAUCCCAGUCUUGGAAGAGUACAAAGCCGAUGCCAAAUUGGUUUUGCAGUUUAAAGAGGAGGUCCAGAAUCUGACGUCUGUUCUUAACGAGCUCCAGGAAGAGAUUGGCGCCUAUGACUACGAAGAGCUUCAGAACAGAGUGUCCAAUCUUGAAGAGAGGCUCCGGGCAUGCAUGCAAAAAUUAGCUUGUGGGAAAUUGACAGCAAUAAGUGACCCGAUCACGGUCAAGACAUCCGGAUCCAGGUUUGGCUCGUGGAUGACAGAUCCUUUGGCUCCAGAAGGUGAAAACAAGGUGUUUUAUAUGGACAGCUAUCACAACAACCGUUUUGUCCGGGAGUACAAAUCCAUGUCUGACUUUAUGAACACGGACAACUUCACCUCCCACCGCCUCCCUCACCCGUGGUCCGGGACGGGCCAGGUGGUCUACAACGGCUCCAUCUAUUUCAACAAAUACCAAAGCCACAUCAUCAUCAAGUUUGACUUGAAAACGGAGACCAUCCUUAAGACGCGCAGCUUGGAUUACGCCGGAUACAACAACGUCUACCAUUACGCCUGGGGAGGGCACUCGGACAUCGACCUUAUGGUGGAUGAGAACGGCUUGUGGGCCGUCUACGCCACCAACCAGAACGCGGGGAACAUCGUCAUCAGCAAACUGGACCCCAACACCUUGCAGAGCAUCCAGACGUGGAACACCAGCUACCCCAAGCGCAGCGCUGGGGAAGGGUUCAUCAUCUGCGGCACUUUGUACGUUACCAACGGCUACUCUGGAGGAACCAAGGUGACUUACGCUUUUCAGACCAACACCUCCACGUACGAGUAUAUAGAUAUCCCCUUCUUAAACAAAUACUCCCACAUUUCUAUGUUGGACUACAAUCCGAAAGACAGAGCCCUCUACGCCUGGAACAACGGCCACCAGAUCCUUUACAACGUCACCCUCUUCCACGUCGUCCGGUCCGACGAGUUGUAGCCCGCCUGGGUUGAGGAAAAAAGGAACUGAGAAUAUUAAAGAGACGAACCAACGGAACCGGGAAGGAGGCAGAAGACGGAACCGGGGAGGGGAAAAC